AUGGAGGACCUCAUGCGGGGGGCCCCCAACAGCGCCGGUGGGGCCCGGGGGGCCCCCGGGGCCCCAGGGGCCCCCGGGGGCCCCGCGGUCCCCUCCACAGCCCUGCAAGCUGCCCAGAAGAAGAAGGAGGAGAGAGAGCAGCGUCUCGAGCAGAGACGGAAAGAAGGGGAGGCUGCAGCGGCAGCAGCAGCUGCAGCUGCAGCUGCUGCUGCUGCUGCUGCUGCUGCUGAGCCUGCGUCAGGCUCAGAGGAUGAAGCAGCAGCCCCCAUGACCAACAAACAGAUGAAGCAAGAGGCCUAUAGAAAGCGACAGGCGGAGAAGGAGAGGCUGCGAGCAGAACGAGAAGCAGAGGAGGAGAGAAUAGCUGAGGAGAAACGCAAGAAGGAACAAGAAGAAUACGAGGAGUGGAAGGCAAGGGACAAAGAGAAGAUAGAAGAGGAGCAGCGAGAAUCUAUGAAGCUAAUUCAGCUGGCGGGUGCUGACGACGAAGUGGCAUAG